GGCAGAGAGAAGAUAAGGGUAGGUAAUUUGAUAGGUAUGCGAGGGUCGGGCCCCUUCUCCUCAUUGCUCUACUAUGUAUCUGCUUGGCUAAAAAUGGGCAAGCGCCCCGUCCCGGCUAGACGCCGCCCGAUUCGAUCGCGCGAUCGAAAUUUUCC